AGUACAACCCCUUUCACACGCGCGGCAUACGCGGCCGCGUGAAGUGUGCUUCCAGACGAUCCUCGAGAAUGUUGUCUCUUGGAUCACGGUUGAUCACUCCCGCCGAGCGUUUCAGUGAUUUCCCUCCGGUGCAAUUCUCGAAAGGAGAUAAACGCGCGAUUAAGCGCAAUCGAAAUCUUCGUGCGCUCGUGAAAAUGAACACCUAAAGGAAAAGAGCAAGGAAAAGACGCAACGUCGUUAGAAACAUCGGCGCGAGGAUUGACUCAAUAAAGGAUUGCCUCGGCAAGGAGGGGGAGACGCGAAUUUGGAAAUGUGUACAUGAUUGUCGCAUUACCGGAGGAUUCAACCAACGUGCAAUCGAUGGAUAUUCGUAUAAAUAUGAACUAUUUCGCGAACUCGUGAUUCUCCGCGUUCAGAAUGCCCCUCGCAAGAGUAUGGUUUAAAGCUUGGGUUUACUGGGGUCUCGUUUGCGGUUGGGUCGAAGGUGCUCGGCCACGCUUCGACAAGUCCACGAAUAUGGGGUUGGUGUUGAUUCCAGCGGACGCCGAAAUCGGCUCCGUGAUCUAUCGGCUGCGCGCCACCGAUGAGGAUGCUGAUUUUCCUCUCGUUUUUGAAGUCACCGCAACAAUUACACCCGUGGUGAGGAUCGACAAUCUGCCGUGCACGUUGUACAACAAGGUCUGCCAGGCCAAUGUAAUUUUAACGAAGCGCCUUAUGCCGGGACGCCUCCACGAUUUCGCCGUUAGAGUUCGGGAUACCAAGGGAGACUCGGAUUCGAGGCAGGCCACCAUUUCCGCCACGAAUGCGACGACGUCGCGUGAUAAAAUAUUCCCACACAUUCCGUCGCUGAUAAUGGUGCCCGAGGUAAUAAUUGAUGGUACCACUAACGAUGUUAAUUAGUGCACGUCG